UAUAUCGAUUGGUGUCAAAACUUAAAACUUGACCCAACCUAAAAAAAACCAAUUUAAAUUUCGUUUCACAUGAACACAAUUAUUUAACAUGACUCAAGUCUGAAAUUUAACUCGACCGAAUUCGACUUCACCCAGACAUCCAAAUUAACACCUCUAAUACGCCCAUACCCCGUGGACCGUGCAGCCAUGCUAUUUUGAGAACAAGGACAUCAAAAUACAGACCCACAAGCAGCCCAUCGAAAAGAACUCCUACCGCCUACGUGUUGCUGGAACACAAAUCGAGUAAAAAAAUAAAAAUUCAAUCUUUAAGCGAAAAUAACCGCUUCCCCUGCAAUUUCUUCAUUCUUCACUCUCAUCCACCCUAAAAAUUCCAACCCAAAAUUAUAUGGGUUGAGAAGAUUGAUUAUAAACAGCUUCAAGGAUGACAGCUGCACAACUUUGUGGUGGUAAAAUCUCAACAGCAUUUUCUAGCACUAGGAGAAGAUGGAGCAAGGCAGCCGGGUCAAGUUCUAUGGGCCGAUCAUGUGGAUUUCGUACUUCAGUUUCAUUGGCUAAUCGAAAGAGUCCUGAAGAUGUGUCCGGACUCUGCUAUAUGUCUGCUGACAGAAGAAAGCUGUCUCAGGAAACUAUUAUUCGUCGUAGAAAGCCUUUUCAGAAUGUGACAUAUAGUCUGUUGGGUUCAGAUUGCAGUGUUGAGCCUUUUGAUGUGGAGGAGGAGCCUCAUGAUUUAGUGGAGAGUGCUGCAGAAGCGAUUACUUUGGAAAAUUAUGAUGGUGUUAAUGGUUUAAGUGAGCCUUUAAUUCAGCCCUCUAAACAAUUGCCUCCACCGAAUGUGAAACGAGAGCUUAUAAUGCUUUCUUUGCCGGCAUUAGCUAGCCAGGCCAUUGAUCCUUUGGCGCAGCUGAUGGAGACAGCUUAUAUUGGCAGUUUAGGUCCUGUAGAACUUGCAUCUGCUGGUGUUUCUAUGUCGAUCUUUAACAUCAUUUCAAAGCUAUUCAACAUACCACUUCUUAGUGUUGCAACUUCAUUUGUAGCCGAAGAUAUAGCAAAGUCUUCUUUAGAUGGUCAUGAAGAAUUUGAAAGAAAGCAGUUAUCAUCAGUUUCUACAGCAUUAUUCCUUGCUUUAAGCAUUGGCAUCAUUGAGGCUCUAGCUUUACUUUUUGGAAGUGGAUCAUUCCUCAGUUUAAUGGGUGUCUCACCAGUUUCCCCCAUGCGACUACAAGCAGAAAGAUUUUUGUCACUUAGAGCUCUUGGUGCCCCCGCAGUUGUACUUUCUUUGGCUCUUCAGGGUGUCCUAAGGGGCUUUAAGGACACAAAAACCCCUGUAUACUGCUUAGGUGUCGCUAAUCUUGCAGCUGUUUUUCUGUUCCCACUUUUUAUAAAUUAUUUUCAGAUGGGUGUCACUGGAGCAGCCACUGCCACUGUUGUGUCUCAAUACAUUGGUAGCUUCUUGAUGAUUUGGUAUCUUAGCAAGAGAGUAGUAUUAUUACCUCCAAAAUUUGGAGACCUGAAGUUUGGGGUCUAUUUAAAGUCUGGUGGAUUUCUUAUUGGAAGAACUCUAGCUGUUCUGAUAACUAUGACGAUUGGGACCUCAAUGGCUGCUCGUCAAGGUCCUCUUGCAAUGGCUGCUCAUCAAAUCUGUAUGCAAGUGUGGCUGGCUGUCUCUCUUUUAACUGAUGCAUUAGCGGCAUCUGGUCAGGCCUUGGUUGCUACUUCCUUGUCAAGCGGUGACUACGAUACGGUGAAAGAGCUAACUAAUUUUAUUUUGAAGAUUGGGAUAGUUACUGGUGGUGCUUUAGCUGUAAUUUUGGGAUCUUCUUUUGGUUCUUUAGCGAAUUUGUUCACAAAGGAUCCUGCAGUACUACAGAUUGUAAAAUCUGGCACUUGGUUUGUCAGUGCAAGCCAGCCACUCAACUCUUUAGCUUUUAUCUUUGAUGGUCUGCAUUAUGGAGCGUCAGACUUCUCAUAUGCUGCUUAUUCCAUGAUGUUGGUAGGGGCAAUUUCGUCGUCUGUCCUUCUCUAUGCUCCCUCAGUGAUGAAACUUCCUGGUGUCUGGCUUGGAUUGACCCUCUUCAUGGGCUUGCGCAUGGCUGCCGGAUACUUAAGAAUACUCUCAAGGAAUGGUCCAUGGUGGUUCUUGCACAGAAACUCGCAGCAAAUUCCGGGCAUUAAUUAACUUGACUGAAACAGUUGGCAAAAAUGACCCGAGUGAUACAAACAUUCGACUCUUCAAAAUUUUCCUUAGGUAAUUACUGUACAGUCCUUUCCGUAAAUUGGUUUUAGUACGUGGAUAGAUAAAAGGCAUUACAAAUUAGUAAACUUACAGGCAAUUAUAGCAGUGCAAAGUUUUGAUAAUGUGCUACACUGUAAUAACAAACUUGAAUUUUUGUUACAUUCAGAAAGGAUUAGUUAGUUUCAUGUUCUCAGUAGAUUGUUGCUCCAGACAUCUACAAAUGUCUAAUCUAUGCGUUUUUUUUC